UCUCAGUAUAAUAAGUUAAAAAAAAACAUGUAAAGAAUGUAAGAAAACCGACAUAGGAUUAAAAAUGUUUCAAUAGUAAGGAACAAAAUUUCACGACCAAAUAAGGACCACCAAUUGUUAUUUGGGGAUGCAUAAAUAAUUAAACUGAAGAUGGAAUCUUUACAAGACGCACUGGAUGAUCCUGAAAUUUUGGGUCAAAUGGCGUGUGCAUUUGACAUCUUUGUAACUAUUUACUUCACUAUAAUUGCUGUUAUGGCCUUCAAAUCUGAAGAUAGGGAAAACGUGAACAUUGAUACUUAUAUACAUUCUCUAGGAUUUUCUUCAGCGCUAUUUAUGUAUUCUUACCUUAUCGCUGACUCUUAUAUAUGGCUUGCGGGUGUUGUAGGAAUCGCUCUGUAUGGCAUAUCCGUGGUGAUUUCUUUAAUAGGCUUGGAAUCCAAGAAAGUCAGUCUGACAAAUUUAGCCAUAACAUCUCUAUUAGUAGGAUCUUUGAUUGGUGGUACCUUAUAUAUGUCGCAGUCUUGGUCAAGUGAAGAUGUGAAUACAUCAUACAGUAUAGGGUUACUCACUUUGGCAUGUGUACGGGCUACUGCAGAAUUGCCGAAACUUAUCAAGGCAUUAAAGGGCAUGCAGUCAAGCGAUAGUCGCAUAAAAAUCAUAGGAAACCUUUUAAAAGCUAUUACUGAAAUUUUUUGGCUAAUAUAUUUUCUAGCUAAGAAGGAUUAUUAUACGAUGGCAAUGUGUGGCAUUGUGUCUACAUUAUUCGCCUCGAAACUCUUCUUAGGACUUUUCGGGCAUGAAUAGCUUCAGACUAUUCAUCACUGUUGCUUGAUGAAAUUGUAAUGGAUAUUAGUUUUAAGGUAAUCUUAAAAUGAUAUUACUUUGUAUGGAUUAAUUGCUUAAAAAAAGUCAGAAUACAUUCAAAAUUAUUUUUUACAUAUAAAUGGAGUUGAAUUAUAAUUACAGACUAUUAAAUAUU